AUGUCCGCUCCGCAGCAGCAGCAGAGGGGCAGCGGCCCCUCGCAGGCAAGGCGCGACCUCGGAACCCUGGCUGCAACGGCACCGAGGCCAAACCUUCUUGUACCCCCGGCGACGAUCGUCUCCCCACCGACACCCAUCGAGCCCCGUGCAGACAGCCUCUCUUUCCCCUUUGAAACCACACCGCAGGCGCCUAUUGUCGAGGAAGUGUUCACCUACGACUCACCAGACGAAGACGACGACGACUCGUCCAUCCUCCCCACACCUCCUCCACCCCGCACAUUUCUGGACCGCGGCAGCUCGACAGGCUCCAUGCCCAUCAGCAAGACGUCCAUGUCCUCCAUGGCCUCCUCUAGCAGUAAGACGGACGACUCGUCCUUCCAGUCGCCCCCGACAUCCUAUCCAGGCUCACUCCCGUCGUCCUCGCCGCACCUAUUUGCCGAACUUGGGCGCGUGCCGUCCCCGUCCUCCCCCAGCUAUGGUCCCACCUUGAUGCGCCAGCACCGUCGCCAGAGCUCCCACCACCGCGUCCGUGAGACAAUCUACGCCGAGGAGCGUAACACUAUUGAUGGCGCUCGUCUUAUCAACCAGUACCGUAUAGGCAAGCACCUGGGACGUGGCGCGUACGCGACAGUGGAGCUGGCAAUGGAUGUCGGUACCGGUAUCCAAUACGCAAUGAAGGAGUUUUCAAAGUCGCGUCUGCAGCACCAAGUUCUCAUGCAGAGGCAACAAAAGGCGCACCGUGAGCGUCGCCUCCGGCGCCCGGCGCGUGUUGCGCAGACCCAAGCCGCUCCGGACAAUACCAGCAGCCCGUCGUCCGAGACGUCCAGGACCAACAGCGUAGAUGAAGAGACCCUCAAGCAGGACCCUCUGGCUCUCAUCCGACGCGAGAUUGCCGUGAUGAAGAAAAUUGACCACCCGAACCUUAUUCAUCUGUACGAGGCCAUCUCAGUCCCCAACGCCGACGCGCUCCUCCUUGUCCUGGAGUAUCUCCCCGGCGGCGUUCUCAUGAACGUCAAGCUGGGUGGUGAUGACCACGACGCUGUCCCUCCGUUUACCGAGGACCAGUCCAGGGAGUACUUUCGCCAGAUUGGCCUCGCGCUCGAGUACCUGCAUGCCAACGGAGUAGUUCACCGUGACAUCAAGCCUGAUAACAUUCUUUUCAACUCCGACCGCUCCAUGGUCAAACUUGCUGACUUUGGCGUGUCUGAAAUGUUCCAGGCGUCUGGUGACGAUACACUGAGGGCUGCCGGCGGCAGUCCCGCCUUCCUCAGUCCUGAGAGCUUUAGCGCUUCGUUGACAGAAGUGCACGGUAAACCUGUGGACUUUUGGGCUUUGGGAGUCACAUUGUACUGUAUGUUGACCGGCAAGCUGCCCUUCAACACCCCGGACCCCAUCGUCCUCAUGUCUAGGAUCCGGACAGAUGAGCCCACAAUCCCCGACGGGUGGCAUGAUGAUCUCAAGGCGCUUGUCAAGGGCAUGCUCUGCAAGGAUGCCGACGCGCGCCAUACGAUGACCACGAUUCGCGAGAACCCUUGGGUCACCGACUGGGCUCGCCAGCCCAUGCUCACGGUCGAGGACAACCUGUUCUACUUCGGUCAACAGUUCUACGAGCCAACCCAGGACGAAGUCAGCACUGCCAUUACGUCGCUCCGCUCGGUCUUUACGGUUGUGCGCGCCGUCAAGAAAAUGCAAGCGCUCACGAGGACACGUCGUCUUGUGAACGGACAAGGCAUGUUCGGGGCUGGCGAGAUGGCAUCGCUCCGGUCUGGUCUGCCUGCCGCCGAGAGGCAGAGCUCCAUCGACUCGUAUCACCUGCCAGAGGCCAUCACUGCCACUCACGAAGAGGACGAGGAAGUCGAGGAGGAGGAGGAAGAGGAGGAAGGCGGAAGCGCGUUGGACACCUUGACGCCCAUCAAGGCCGGUAUCGCCAACGCCGCUCACGAGGACCCGGCAGUGGUGAUCUCGUCGUCUCCGGAAGAGGUCGCAUCCCCUGUCGAGUUUGCCUCGUCUCCCAUUGCAGAGUCGCCCGCUCGUGUCGAGUCGCCUACACCUUUCGAGUCUCCCAAGGAGAUGGACUCGCCCUUGCCAGUGGAAUCGCCGGUCAUGGUCGACUCGCCCACUUGCGAAUCCCCAGCGCAGUGUGAAUCGCCAGGCCGUGUCGAGUCACCUGUGCCCUUUGACUCGCCUGUGAUGGCCACCCCUCCGCGUGUCGCCUCGCCUCUGGAGGUGCACUCCCCGGGCCCUAUCAGCCCUGGUUCCUUUCUCAAGUGA